UGCAGGCGGUGGCUGAGACAGAGCCAGAGAAGCUUCGGAAGCGGUGCACGCCACCCGUGGGGAAGCACAACAUCUUUGGGGUGGGCGAGGCCAACGAGGAGGCCGUGCAGGACAUUUUUGACGACCGGGACUUCUAUGUCCAGCUGCUGAAGGAGGUGCUGUCGGGCACGGGCAUCAGCCAGAAGGAUGAGGAGAAGCAGCUCUUGGCGGAGAUCGCGGGGCGGAGGAGCCAGAAGCGAAAGGCCCAGAAGGAGGUGGAGCGCCGGGCCUCCAAGGGUCGGAAGAUCCGCUACAGGCCUAUUGAAAAGCUCCAGAACUUCAUGUCCGGCCGGCCUCGCGGCAGUCUAUCUACUGACAUGGACGAGUCGGAGCCGCUGAGCGAGAGCGCGUGUCAAGCCUUGCUGAGCUCCCUCUUCGCCCCACCAAGGGCCUAGGGCCUAGGGCGCCAUUUGCUUGGAUUGUUGAGAGUCCA